AAUGCGCGACGAGCACUGGGAGUCCCUGCUGCGAGGCUACAUCGACGUGGUGCACGCCACCCUGCGGGCGUCCGGCUGCGACGACCCCGAGGACAUCUACUCAUUGGACCUGCUAAAGGAGCAACUGAAGCGCAUGUCGGUACCCGCGCUUUGCAUACAGCCCCUUAUGCGCAGCUUCUUGACGGCUGAUGACGAGGAUGUCGAGGAGGCGCGCAAGGGCAUGGCCGCGCCAGAGCCGACCGCUUCCAUUGCUCUCCGAACGACGCCGAAACUCAUCGAGGAAUACAUCGGCCUCAUCGAGAAUGUGAUUGGCUGGGGCUGGUUCCCCACGGUCGAGGACGUCGACCGGUGCGCCGCGGAGGACUGAGGCCGACUGGGGCACCGCGGGGGAAGUUCUGGAGAAGGCGCCGGCCGCUGACUCCUCUUUAUCUGUGAUUUAAUGAUUUCCAAAUCGGAAUAAAACCAUAACUCACCCACCGAA